AUGCAUGAUCAAGCAUGUAGUACCAUACCCAUCUCUGACACCCUUCUUUCUCACCUUCUACACCGAUUCAAAGACGAUUGGAAGUCAGCGUUGGGAGUAUUCAAAUGGGCAGAAUCCAUUAAAGGUCACACACCAUUACCAAAAUCAUACGAGAUACUCCUUGACAUAUUAGGAAAAACAAAACAGAUAGAAAAGAUGAUGUCACUAGUCAACCAAAUACAUCAUCAUCAUCAUCAUGUUACACUUGGUAGUAUCACCAAGGUUAUGAGAAGGCUUUGUGGGGUAGGAAAAUGGCAAGAAGCUGUAAAGAUUUUUGAUGACUUACACACAUUUGGGUUAGAAAAGAACAGUGAAUCCAUGAAUCUUUUACUUGACACUUUGUGCAAAGAGAAUAAAGUUGAACAAGCUCGCAAGAUUUUCUUGAUGUUAAAAUCAUGCAUCCCACCUACUCCUCAUACUUUUAACAUAUUCAUACAUGGUUGGUGUAAAGUUAAAAGGGUUGAUGAAGCACAUUGGACAAUUCAAGAAAUGAAAGGGUACGGAUUUAGUCCCUCUGUUAUCACGUACUCAACAAUCAUCAAGUCAUAUUGUCAAGAUUCUGAAUUCGGUAAAGUCUAUGAGUUACUCAACGAGAUGAAAGUACAAAAUUGCCCUCCUAAUGUCGUAACAUUUACUAUAAUCAUGUGUUACUUGACAAAAUUUGGGGAAUUUGAGGAAGCAUUGGGAAUCCCUGAAAAAAUGAAAUCUUUUGGAUGUGAACCCGAUACGCUUUUUUACAAUUCCUUGAUUCAUACAUUAGCAAAAUCCGGGAAAAUUCAAGAGGCGAUUUAUGUGUUUGAAGUUGAAAUGGUAAGAUUUAAGGUUUCUAGAACUACAUCAACUUUUAAUACGAUGAUUGCAAUGUUUUGUCAUCAUGGGAAAGAUGAAGAAGCGAUGAAUGUGUUGAAGAAUAUGGAGAAUUUGGGAAAUUGUAAACCGGAUAUUCAGUCGUUUAAUCCUUUAUUGAAGAUGUGGUUAAGAACAAGAAAAGUGGAUUUAUGGUUGAGUGAUUUGUUGGAUGAAAUGGUUAAUAAGUAUAAUCUUAGUCUUGAUUUGUGUACGUAUAGUCUUUUGAUUCAUGGGUUAUGUAGAGUUAAUGAAUGUGAGUGGGCGUAUGGAUUAUUUAAGGAGAUGAUAGGUAAAGAUAUUACACCGAGGUAUUAUACAUGUGCUUUACUUUUGGAGGAAAUUAAAGAGAUGAAGAAUUAUGAUGCUGCUGGUUUUAUUGAAGGAUAUAUGAAGCGUAUGAAAUCAUCUUGA